AUAUAUAUUCCCUGGGUGGAGGAAUGCUUGUCACCUACUCCUUUUAGCUUCCACACACUCUGUACUUUGUGUGCAAAAUCAGAGGGCAAAAGGAACUCCAAACCUCUCUUCACACAACUCCUUCCAAGACACACAUUAACACACUUACUGUGUGAAAAAGGAGAGACCUUUUUUUUUUUUCUUUUUCUGCUCUUGCAUCUCUGUUUGUGUGUGUGUGUGAUGGAGAAGAGACACAGAUGCAAGCUCUGUUUCAGAAACUUUGCUAAUGGGAGAGCUUUAGGUGGGCACAUGAGAUCUCACAUGAUGAAGUUCUAUGCAGCAAAAAUGGAGGAAGAGCAGCAGCCUUUUGAUGAUUUUCAAUCACUUCGUUCGUAUUCUUCAACAUCAUCGUCGGAGGAAGAGGAAGAGGAAGAGGUGGAGGAGGAGGAGGAGGAGGAAGAGGAAGAGAGUGGGGAAUUGAAGAAAGCGCUGUUGAGUUAUGAGUUGAGGGAGAAUCCCAGAAAGAGUACGCUUUUGGUGGAUCACGAGUUUUCUUCUGUGGUGCUUCAGGACAGGGAGAGUGAAACAGAGUCGUCGAAGAAGGACACGGUUUGCAGGAGAUCCAAACGGGUUAGGAAAUCAAGAAAUUCGGGUUUUGACGGGUUUAGCAUGAAUAGUGCGUUUUUCCCGGUGAAGAAAUCAAAGUUUGAGAUAGAAAGGAAGAGCAAGAACAAUCAUCAUGAGUACUCAUCAUUGGUGGAGCCUGAACCAUUGAGUUCGAUUUCCGACACCACUCCUGAAGAACAUGUUGCUCACUGCCUUAUAAUGCUGUCCAGGGACAAGUGGAGAAGGGAAGAAAAAGAAUACCAAGACGAGGAGGAAGAAGGCAAAUUUGAAAAUGAUUACUCUGAAGAUUCAGGCGUGCAGGUGAAGGUGAUAAAGACUAAAGUUAGAGGGAAGUAUAGAUGUGAGGCAUGUAAUAAGUUGUUCAGGUCUUAUCAGGCUCUUGGUGGGCACAGGGCAAGCCACAAGAAGAUCAAGCCCAACACCGCCGUGGAUGCACCGCCGCAAGUGGUGGAGAAAAUUGGUGGUUCGAAGGCGGUGGUGGAGGAGAAGAUACACGAGUGCCCUUUUUGUCACAGGAUUUUCUCAUCAGGACAGGCUCUUGGGGGUCACAAGAGAUCACAUUUUCUCGGCGCAGGAGCAAUUUCAGCAAGUGUUAGCACCAUUAGACCAGUUAAACAAGAUUCAAGAACCGGUGAAACUCUUAAGAUAGAUCUGAAUCUCCCCGCUCCGACUGAUGAUGAUGAUACCAGCCAAAUUGCGGUUUCCGCGGUAUCUGAUGCAGAAUUCGUCCAACCCAUCAACCAAUCAUGAUGACGAUGAUCAGAGUUGCUUUACAUUUUUUGGGCACAAAAAGAUAACUGAUUUAGAGGUAAAGUUUUGCUCUUUUGCUUAUCCCGUGGAUCUGAGGCACUGAAUUAGAUUACUGAAACAACGGACCAAACUCUACAGACAAUUCGUCAAACAGGUUUAGGAUUAUGUUAUGUUACUGCAACAUAUUAUCAAUCUAGCAAGAUUUUUCAUUAACCACAGAGAAUUAUGUUUCAGUUUCCUGAUUAUUACAGCCCCA